AUGUUUAGGAAGGCUGGCUUCAUACAGGAGAUAGAGGAGGGCGUUCCCCGCAUACACUUCCUCGCCGACGAAGCUACAGGCGAGCGCAUUGGCAAGGCAGUAAUAUGCUUUGCUCGCAAAGAGUCACUCCCACUGGCCAUACAACUAUUUGAUGGUGUCGAAAUGGUCAAAGGCUAUCCCAUAACAUUGUCACAAGCACAAGGCGAAGAGAUUGUCACCAAGACAGACCCAGCACUUGCAGUAAAGAAGAGCAGGCGAAGUACAAGAGAGGAUAAGAAGAAAGAAGCUGAUUAUGGAUGGGGAGAGGCAGAGACUAGAGUAGUUGUGAUAAAGAACCUUUUUGAUCCAGUCGAGUCGUGGACAAACCCAAACUUCUUUGAAGAGCUCAAGGAGGAUAUCGAGGCGGGCUGCGAGCGAUGUGGAGAGAUACAGUCGAUCACGAUCUUUGAGCGAAAUCCAGAGGGCGUGGCAACAAUCAAGUUCAAGGACUUUGAGUCGGCCGAGCGAUGUGUCGCACUGAUGGAAGGUCGAUACUUUGCACAGAGACAACUACACGCCGACUACUACGAUGGCUAUUCAGACUACCAUGUCGAGGAGACUGAAGAAGAGCGAGAGAUGCGACUCAAAGUAUGGGAGAAGUACCUGGAGGACGAAGACAACAAGAAGGAUACCGAUGAUGAUAACAGCGAUGAUGAUCAGUUUGUUGAUGAUGAAGAUGUUGGUCCAUCUACUACUGUCGCUUCCAAAGAAAACGAUUGA